UGCAGGUAAGGUCAUCCCAAAACCACGAAACAGGAGGCUGCAAGGACACCUGCAUCAGUAGGACCACUGUGGCUUAUCGUUUGGAGGGAAAAUAGGAGCGAUUCUUGUAAAGCAGGGAUGUUUACAUCAUAAAGAAAAGACAAGAAAUCUAAUUUCCUCUGCUUUUUUUUACUUCUUGGAGAGAAUUCUGAAACAGAAGUUUAUACUGAGAGGAAAGUGGGGAAACAAGCAAGAACCACAUCAAUAAACUAGAUCGAAUUCUUAACCAUGAUGUCUGCAGACGACCAAACCCUGGAGGACCUGCUGUAUGGCAGCGACAUCGGUGACAAGACGGAGGCGGUGGAGCUGGCAGGAGGCCCAACAGUGGUGGAAGAGAAUGUUGCUCCAGAAAAUGUUCCAGCAACUGUGUCUAUUCAAGAGCCAAUCAUAUGUGCUGGAUGUGGCAAGCAGGUGUUCGAUCGCUUCUUCCUAUUAGCUGCAGGGAGGGUGUGGCACAGCAUCUGCCUCCGCUGCAGCCAGUGCCACUGUGAGCUACAGACUCACCCUUCCCUCUUUUGGAGGGAUGGAAAUAUCUACUGCCAGCAGGACUACAGCAGGAUUUUUGGAGGCGGCCAAUGUGCUCGCUGCCUUCAGCCAAUCCCACCCACUGAUUUGGUCAUGAGGUCUGGUGAGCUGACCUUUCAUCCUCAGUGCUUCUCUUGUCAGGAAUGUGAUCUAAAAUUAAUGCCAGGGAGCCUCUACUGCAUGCAAGGUCCAAAUCUGUACUGUCAGUCACAUUACAGUGGCAAUGGGGGAAAUCUGCUGCUGCAAGACCCCUCACAAUCACAUCUGAAAGAAGAGACGGGUCAAAGCCAGGUCUCAGGUGAAGGGGAGGAGUCUGUCAGCAGUCCUGAAGCACGAGUGGACGACAGAGAUGCAGGUGGGCGGACACGCAGACGGACCAAGCGGAUCCGGACCUGCUUCCGCAGUGAGCAGCUAAAAGCACUCGAGUCGUAUUUUGCCCAGAAACACAACCCUGAUGGCAAAGACUGGACCUGCCUUGCUCAUAAGACUGGCCUGCCUAAGAGAGUGCUGCAGGUGUGGUUUCAGAACGCUCGGGCUAAACUGAGGCGCUCCCUCAACUCGGAGGACUCCCAGGCCAACUCCCCCUCUGCUCCCCCAGGGGCUGUUACCAUGGCAGCCACCCCUUCAUCACUAUCCUGCUCUCCUCUAGACCAGUCCCCUUUUCCCACCAGCACCAUCGACCAGCUACAGCUCUCCUUGCUCACUGGUUCAGUCCACGAACCGUCUGAAAGCCCAGCUGUCACCCAGUCAUGUCAAAUGUUGCAAAGCCCCAAUUUUUUUCUGGACUACGAUCCCCAGGGUGCAUUUGGUUGCAUCCCAACUCUGGAGCCCCAUCUGGAGUUCAGGGAGGCAGAGGGAAGAGUAGAGAGAGAAGAUGAUGCUGAAACUUUCAUAUCAAAUUACAGUUGAUGCAGUUGACUUUAGUGAAGUCAAAGAUUGUUUUAAAUUGUAGAUGCAAGAACAUCUUGGAUUCAGAAAAAUAUCUUUAGUCUUAGAGAAAGUUCCAGAUAGGAGAACACGGCAUGGUGUGGUUGAUAUUCAAGAAUCAGUUGGGCUCCAAAAUGGUUUGGAGAAUCAUUGAUUGCUUUAGGUAUCAUAGAAAUGUUAAUAUAGAUUAUCAGGGGCACAAUAUUAGGGGGAACGGUUAGGAAGAUUCUGAGGGCCCUUGAUUGAGGUGGGGCCCAAAAGAAGAAGAAU